GCUGCGGGUGAGCGGAAGCGUUGGGCGUCUCUGCCUGCGCGUUUGCUCCUCUGCCGAGAGGGGAAGGAGCAGGCGCGGGGACGCCGCCCUGUACCCACUUACCUGGCGGUGGGCGCCGUUCAGCUCAAUAAAACAAGCAAGCACAAAGGCAGCCCUGUUGACCGCCCGAAGAAAAAAGAUCCGCGUUCAUGUAAUGCCUUCAGUAGGCGAACCAAAUGGGCUUUACUUCUGAGUAGACAUGCUCCCGCUAUCCUUCGUCAAAGAUGGAAUUUAAAAUUGAACAUACAUGGAACAGCUUUCCAGUGACUCAUGAUCCAGUAGUGAUCAGGCUGAUACCUGAAAAUGGAGGAAUAUUGAUGGAAGUGAGUGCUCCAUUUUUUAAAGAUCCUCCAGCUCCUCUUGGUGAACCAGGAAAGCCAUUCAAUGGAUUGUGGGACUAUGAGGUUGUAGAAGCAUUCUUCUUGAAUGACGAAACUCAACAGUACUUAGAAGUGGAGCUCUGUCCGCACGGGCAGCAUCUCGUGUUGUUACUUUCUGGCAGACGGAAAGUAUGUAAACAAGAGCUUCCUUUGAUGUUUGAAGUGUCAAGAACAAGUGCCAAAUGGAAUGGCAGAGCUCAUCUGCCUUGGAGCUAUUUUCCACCAGCCACUGACAAAUUUAAUGCAUUUGCAAUUCAUGGGUCAGGUGUGGAUAGAACAUAUGAAGCCCUCUACCCUAUACUUCAACAUGAGAUUCAGAAAGAACAGAAACCUGAUUUCCAUCGCCUAGAAUAUUUUAAAAGUCUCAAUCUGAAACCGUUAACAGGAGAAGAUUGGAAGCAGCCUAUAUCAGAUCUGUGGGCAUCAUGCAAGCAGACCAAUUAGAUAAAAAGAACAAAAAGUUCUUUUCAUUCCCGCCAUACAUGAGCAUGUCUUCUUGUAUAUGAAAAUAUUUGUCACCAGCAUAUGGAAUGGAAAAAUGGAAGGAUCCUACUUAUUCCUGUAUCCUUGGUCACUGUCUGAAUAUAUUUCAACUUCAUCUUCAUUGUUUUGAAUUUCCAUUAUAGUAUGCUUUCUGAUAACUAGCUUUAGUUCUGCAGUAAAAGAAGUGAAAGACACAGUUUUCCUGAAGCCACACUUCUCUGUUCUAAUGGAUGUGAAGUGGAUGUAAUUAAACUGUAUUUAAAUAAAUCAGUGAUCGAUGCUACUUGCAAGGAUGAGUUUAAGAACUAAGUCUCUCCCAGUCUGCUGUACCUGCUAUAUCAUGGGAUUUAAAAUAUUACUCUCUUCCCAACUGAGCAUAUCAUUCUUUUACUUUCAGUGACAUAAUAUCUGCGCAAUAUGUUUGCACAAUCUAUUUGUUGCUCUCUCACCUGUAUUGCUUCUUGAGUUAUCAGUAAGUGGACACUUUUCUUCAGUGGAAGCCAAGAUUUGAAGCAUUGACAGCCUUGCCUUCAUGAAAGAUCUGUUGAACUAUCAACUUGACAUAAACAAACACAUGUGAUUUCCAUAAAAAUCUGUUUUAUUUAAUAAAAAUGAGCAUUGUAAAUGUAUUUAACACAUAAUAUGUUAAUCACUGAACUAUGUAUUAUGAGCUAAGCUGUCCUCUCUGUUCACUGUAUGUACCAAACAGGUUGUCUUUUCUCACGCUAAACUGAUUAUGUCUUGUGUAAAAGAAUAAUGAAUCCAACAACAUUGAUUCAGGUGGUUUUCUGUCAUCUCUUCCCAUCAUGCAUAGACUUAAAGUGAAUACAGCUUGAAUACUUGCUUGAUUUUCUGAAAAUAAAUUGCAUUUAUCACCUGAGGCAACAGAAUAAAAUCUGAACUGUAAGCUA